AUGUCAAAUUCCAUUCCAGUAGGAACCCAAGAUGUCGCAGGCAAGAUGGCAGAGAUAAUAUCACCAAAAUCGCAAUUAUCAAAUAGAUAUAGAGGGGCCACCGUCGAAGACUUAGACCCUCCUUCCGCCCUCUCCUGCCAUCCCACAGACCCAAUCCAACACGCGCUCCUCUCAGCGUUCGAACGAGACUACACGCAUCUCACCGUCAUCUCGCCGGAGACGCGCGCGCUGCUCGGAUACCUCUCCAUUCCAAAUCUCCAGGCAUUGCUUAAAGCGGGGACGGUCAAGGAAAAUGAUGAAGUGAGCAAAGCGAUGGUGAAGUUCCGGAGGAAGGGGAGGGUUUAUAAGGUUAUUACUAUGGACACGCCGUUAGAGGAGCUAGAAUUGUUUUUUAAUGGGGAGGGCGAGGGGGGAGAUCGGGGGAAGCAGGAUUUUGCGGUCGUUACGGAUGAGAGGAGACGGUUUGUGUUGGGGGUUGCGACCAAGACUGAUUUGGAGGAGUUUGCGAGGAGGAGGCCGGCUUGA